AUGACCAUGAUGAAAUCUCUCUUUGCCCUGCAUCUACUGUUAUGGCUCCCUCAACACAUCACCUCUUUCUGUAGUCGACCCGUUCACAACGAUUGCAGAAAAACUUCACCGUCCUCACCAGUAGAGUUUUUGUCUCACAGUCGCACCAUUCCCACAGCCCUCUCCGCGCAAACCGUCAGCGAGCAGGAAGCCAAAAAGGGUAUUGACAAGGUCGUGGCGGCACUACGCAAGGAUAAAGUCGCCAAUGCUGAACUUGGCAAGCUGGAGAAAGUCAAUAACGUCUUGGGAUACGGUACCCCUUCUCUCAAUUCCUUAGCUGUUCGCUUCAACGCUAGUUUCCGCAAAGGUGGUGCUGGCCUCUCAUCCAUCCCGCUCCCUUUUGGACUCGGACAAUCCAACGUCGCGGAAGGCCGCGGCACAAUGGUUGGCCAAGUCAAGGCAACCGUGGACCUGACAUCAGGGAAAGUUACUUCGUGCAGUGUUUUUCGGGAUUUAGGAUACGGACGUGCCUUCAACCUCAAAGUUUAA